GCUCAAGAUGGUAUUUAAAUAUAGGGAUAUUCCAGCGCAGUGAAGAGCGGAUGAUCAACUCGUUGUGCUCCACAGCCUUGUGUGCUUCAUCAAGAUGGUUUCAUGGGAAUUUCCAAUUUGGAGUCUUUUCGCCGGAGUUGCUGGUGCGUUGUUCUACCAGAGACUGUUUCACCCGUACUUCUGGACUGACUUGAUGUAUUACUUGAAGGUCCGAAAGGUCGGGAAGGCGACGAUGGCGAAGAUGAAGCGCGGGGUUCUCACCUAUCUCGACCGCUUCGUCGAGCAGGCGAAACAAAAUCCUGGGAAGCCGUUCAUCGUUUUCGAGAACGAGGUUCUCACUUACAUGGAGGUGCACCUUAGGAGCAACAAGUUUGCGAAUGUUUUCCGGGGCGAGGUCGGUGUGAAACACGGUGACAUUGUCGCGCUUUGGAUGAGCAACGAGCCCGACUUUCUGUGCGCCUGGUUCGGGUUGAGUGAGCUGGGCUGCGAGGUGGCCUUCCUCAACUCCAACAUCAAAUCUAGAUCUUUUCUGCACUGCCUGCAAAGCUGUGGGGCGAGAUUUCUCAUCGUGGGAUCUGAUUUGAUCCAGUUUUUAGAUGAUGUCCUGCCAGCUCUAUCAGAUAAUAACAUUAGCGUGUGGGUGACUGAAAAGACUUGUUCACGUCAAGGCAUCGGCACUUUGCUGGACAAAGUCGAUCAGGCCUCUGACGAAAAACCCCAAAUCGACUUUCCGUCAAAUCUCACAUCCAACUUCCUGUUCAUCUUCACCUCAGGCACCACAGGGCUUCCAAAAGCUGCUCGGGUCAGUCACAUCAAGGCGGUGAUGAGCAUGGCCUUCUUCCGCUUGUGUGGUGUGAAUAAAAACGAUACCAUCUAUCUCACCUUGCCACUCUACCAUAUGGCCGCGUCUCUGCUCGGUAUUGGAGGAUGCAUCGAUCUAGGAGCUACGUGUGUUUUAAAGAAGAAGUUUUCUGCCAAGCAGUUCUGGAAGGACUGCAUCAAGUAUGAUGUUACUGUGUUCCAGUAUAUCGGAGAGCUCUGUCGAUACUUGAUCAAUCAACCCAAGACUCCCGAGGAGAUGGCACAUAAAGUACGCAUUGCUGCAGGGAGUGGCCUUAGAGCAGACGUCUGGAAGGAGUUUUCUAGGCGCUUUGGGAAAAUCCGGAUUUGCGAGGGGUACGGAUUGACCGAGGCCAGCAUUGGCUUCGUUAACUACACCACUGAAAUUGGACCCAUCGGGCGAGCCAGUUAUUUCAACAAGCGUCAUCUACCGUUCGAAUUUUUGAAAUGUGACCCAGACACAUACGAACCUAUCCGAACAGAUAAAGGACGCUGCUUGAAAGUGAACAAAGGUGAAGUUGGUUUGCUGGUUGCCCCGCUGUCUUUCACCAACCCUUUUCUUGGCUACGCGGGAAACAAAACCAUGUCUGAAAAGAAGCUGCUGAGAGAUGUGUUUAAAGAGGGGGAUGUAUAUUUCAACACAGGAGACUUGAUGCUUCAGGAUCACAGAAACUUUGUCUACUUCAAAGACCGGAUAGGAGACACAUUCAGAUGGAAAGGAGAGAACGUAGCCACCACUGAGGUUUCUGAGGUUUUAGGUUGUUUGGAGUUCCUGCAGGAUGUCAACGUCUACGGUGUCACAGUGCCAGGCCACGAGGGAAGAGCAGGGAUGGCAGCUGUGGUCCUAAAGGAAGGCCGUGACUUGGAUGGGGAAAGUCUGUACAAUCAUUUAGUAGAGAACCUUCCAGCAUAUUCCUGGCCAUGGUUUCUGAGAGUCCAGACUUAUUUGGACGUCACAGAGACCUUUAAGCAGCAAAAGAAAAAGCUAGUGGAGGAAGGUUUCUGUCUUCAGGUUGUCCAAGCUCCCCUUUACUUCCUGGAUAACUCUAAGAAAACCUACAUUCCCCUCUCUCAAAGUGUGUACGACGACAUCGUGUCGGGCAAGAUACGACUCUAAACCCAUCAUUUACAGUUCACACAAGUGAAGGAAUGCGCAUCUGAGUUUGGACUGAUCCGCAACACAGCACAUUAAUCACUGGUUUUAUAUUUUUUUGGGUCCAGGUUUGCAUUUGAGAGCUUAUAUCCUUUUUAAUAUGUAUUUUUUAAAUCAUAUUUUAACAUGGACCUUGGAGGAAAACACUGGAAAUUUCUCAAAAGCAUUGUGUUUUAAAGUAUUUUUUCAUUUCGUGAUUAAUGUUGAACACUGUGAAUGAUCUCGAGAAUAUUCCACGUCAAAGCCAAUGGAAAAUCAUUUCUACACCACGUCUUCAGGAGUUCACAUUUUUGCCUACUGAGGUUUUUAAAACAUUUGAAAAUAGUGUUGAAAUCUUAUUGCUGAUAUACAGGUGGUUGCUGGAGGGAAAAGAUGGAACUUUUGAAGCAUAAAUUAAAUGCGAUUUAUUACUUUUUUUGAAGUCA